AUGGGUCGUGCACAGUUUGAAUAUGAUGAAGUGGGUAACACAUUCUACUAUGUUCUAGUGUCAUUUUAUGCCUUGGUGCUUAUACCUGCAACAUUUUUUUUCUGGCCUUCAAGUAAAUUAGAUAAAUCUGAAAAAAAAGAGCACUGCUACUGCGAGGGAUGUACCGAAAAGCGUAUUAAAGCAGAAGCAAAACGUCCAUGGAGAAGAACUAAGAAAUUUCUAACUUUUUUAGCUUUAGCUUUAGCAUGGAUUUUAUUUUUUAUCAUUGUACGUAAAGUAACGCAAAUUGAAGUUGAGCAUACCGAGUAUGAUCCAUACGCUAUACUUGGCAUCGAUCAGGGAGCGGCUAGCUCGGUUGUGAAAAAGAAAUAUCGCGAAUUAAGUAAAACAAUGCAUCCCGAUAAGGGAGGUGAUCCUGUGCAAUUUGAUCGCAUCGCAAAAGCAUAUCAGGCAUUAACUGAUGACGAAAGCAGAGAAAAUUGGGAGAAAUAUGGAAAUCCGGAUGGACCAACUGCGACUACGUUUGGAAUUGCAUUGCCGAAGUGGAUAGUUAGUAAGGAAUACGGUGUUUGGGUGCUUGCAUUUUACGGCUUCGUCCUUAUGGUUUUGCUUCCUUCAGCUGUUGGGAUUUGGUGGUACAAUUCCAUCAAAUAUAGUAUUGAUCAAGUAUUAUUGGAUACUACGGAAAUGUAUUAUUAUUUUUUCCAUAAAACACCGAAAAUGGAAAUAAAUCGUAUUUUAAUGGUACUUGGUGGUUCAUUUGAAUUCUGGAGACAAUACAAUAAGGAAAUUAUAGAACGUGAAAGUGACGAUAUUGAGUUGCCACCACUCAUCAAACAGUUUAAAAAUUUAAGUGAAAAUAAGAAGGAACGACCUCUUUGUUUGCCGUAUUCUCUAAAGGCUCGCUUCUUUAUCCAUGCUCAUUUGUCGCGUUUUACAAUUGAUUCAUCCAAUUUAAGAAGUGAUAGUGCUUAUGUGAUUUCUAAAUGCGUUAUGCUUACCAACGAGAUGUUAGCUAUCGCCCAGCAUUUAUGUUUCUACGGUAAUCCUGCACGUUGCCCAUCGUUGGAUACGAUCGAAAACUUGGCAAAAUUAUUGCCAAUGAUUGUCCAAGCGCUGUGGCCAAAAAAUAGUCCUUUAUUACAGUUACCACAUAUCACAGAACAAAACUUGCAUUAUUUCCGCCGUAAUCGUAUAAUCACUUGUGCAGACCUUGCAAAUCUAAACGAAAUCAAGCGUCGUCAGGUAUUGCAGUCGUUAAGCGAUGCGGAAUAUAAUGACAUAGUCUUUGUACUGCAGUCUAUGCCUAGGUUAAAUAUCGACCCUCAUUUUGAAGUGCAAGGUGAAGACGACGCUCAAAAAGUAACAGUUGGUUCUGUUGUUACCUUAAAGAUUAUUUUAACGAGAAGUUCGUUGUUAGAUUUAAACAAACGGGAGGAAGAAAUGCGCGAGAUUAAUGAGAAAGACGCAGAACCAAUGGAAAUGAUGGAUGAUGAGGAGGAAACAAAUGAAGAAAGGGACAACAAUGUGCCAAAGAGAAAAAUAUGGGAGAAGCCGAAGAAGAAACAAAAUAGAACAAAGCCAACCAGAAACAGACAAGGACAUAAAGUUAAAGUAGUAAAAAGGGUUGUGGUUAAAGUAGAUGAAAACAACAAACUGAAACUAGAAGACCAAAAGAAGGACAGGAAAGAGAAUAAUGAUGAUAUGGAGACAAAUGGCGAUAGCGAAAAUGAGGAGCUGAGCGAUUCGGAAAAGGGCUAUGUUAAAAACGGAAACGAGAAGGAAAACGGUAGUGGUUCUGAAGGAAUGGAUGAGGAGGAAUCUGAUAAUGAAGAUUGGGCGAAUGAAAAUAUGGUGAAAAAAGAGUCUAUUUUAGUAAGUAGAAGUAAAAAAACUCAUGCAGUACACUGUCCUUUCUUUCCGGGAGAAAAAUUCGAGUGGUGGUGGUUACUACUGGUUGAUAAGAAACUUCGCAAGCUGGUUGUACCGGCAGUGCAUUGCACAACACUUCUUAAUGAGCAGACGGUAGAAAUAAAGUUCGCGGCACCGCAGCACAAAGGCAUUUAUUACUAUAAUUUAUUAGUUAAAUCGGAUUCGUAUAUGGAUUGUGAUUAUUUGCUGGACCUAAAGUUAGAUGUACACGAGGCGAAGGAAGUGCCUAUAAUAAAAUACGAGGAUUCAGAUGAGGAAGAGCAGUUGGAGGAUUCAUCUGAUUAUACAGAAGAUUCGGAAUCGGAACGCGAAUAG